CUCUCUCUCCCUCCCUAGCACAUACAACGGAGCUUGAGUGGACUAGCCAAUUUCAUUGAGACCCCACAAAUUUCUCCUUCCUUAAACCCCAAGCCUUCCAAAAAUCUCUCCCAAUUUUAAUCAGCAUGCCAGCUUCUUCUUCAGAGACAAAGACUAGGUGGAGGAAGCGGAAAAGGGACCCUCCAGCGACACUUAAAUCCAAGCUCAAAGAACCCGAGAAUGAUGACAUGUUUGAGGACAAUGAAGAUGAUGAUGACCCUGACAUGGACCCACCUCAAAAGCACCCAGAAACUGAUGACAAUCCUCCCCACCAGAAUGCAGAUCGUAUGGCCCUUAUACCUCGAGAAAGAGAGAGUGAAAAAUUGGUUGAUGGUGGUGUGAAAAUUUGUGAAUUUCCCGUUGCGAUUAAGAGGGUGGUUAGUAGGCCUCACCCAUUGGUUUUGAGGAUUGUUGAAGCUGAGAGGGCAACACAUAAUGGAGCAGGCAGAAGCCAGGGGCAGGGAGUGGUAGCUUCAUUGGAAAACAUUUCAUAUGGCCAGCUGCAGGCGCUCUCUGCUGUGCCCCAUGAUAGUCCAGCUUUAUUAGGAGCUGUUGCAGAGGAGACUGCAAGUGGCAGUGGAAGAGGAUCGUAUGUGAUAGUGCCACCUAAAAUAGUUUCUGGCUGCGGUGUUACUAAAAGGUUUGGAAGCGCAGGUCGGGUCCAUGUUGUGCCAGUCCAUGCAGACUGGUUUUCACCAAAUUCAGUGCAUAGAUUGGAGAGACAAGUGGUGCCACAUUUUUUCUCAGGGAAGUCAGUAGGUCAUACACCCGAAAAGUACAUGGAGUGUCGAAAUUUUAUUGUUGCGAAGUACAUGGAGAGCCCAGAAAAGUACCUUUCAGUUUCUGAUUGUGAGGGACUAGUAGCAGGAAUCGAUAUUGAUGAUUUAACUAGAAUUGUGCGGUUUCUUAAUCAUUGGGGAAUCAUCAACUAUUGUGCCACUCCUCUUAAUCAUGAACCACAGAAAGAUGGAACAUAUUUAUGUGAAGAUUCAAAUGGUGAACUUUGUGUGCCUUCAGCUGCUUUGAAAUCAAUAGAUAGCUUAAUCCUGUUUGACAAGCCUACAUGUAGGCUCAAGGCGACGGAGGUUUAUACUGAACUUGUUCGUCAGCAAGAUGAGGACCCUGACUUUGAUAGCAUCGUCCGGGAGAAAUUAUCUGAGCACCGAUGCAAUUUUUGUUCCAGGUCUAUCCCCACUGUGCAUUAUCAGUCGGAGAAAGAGGUUGAUGCAAUGUUGUGUUUGGAUUGCUUCCAUGAGGGAAGAUUUAUUGCUGGUCACUCUAGCCUGGAUUUUGUGAAGGUCAGUUCCAUAAAGGACUACGGAGAUGUGGAUGGAGAUGACUGGAAC